AUGUUACUACUUCUCCUCCUCUGAUCUUCGCUUAUCCCAAAUUAACUACAUCAACCAACUCCAUAUUUUUCCCUCAUUCCUACACUAAACUCUUCUUAUAUCCAACACAAAAAGACGUUGUUUUUUCGCUAAAAAAUGGGAAGCAUAUAUCCUAUAAUUCUAUACUUUGCCCUACUACUAGAUGUGAUUCUUGCAGCAGAUUUCAUCGCAAAAGACAAUAUCCUUCUAAAUUGUGGUUCAUUUGACGCAAAAACCACCGAUUCCGAUGGCCGGAAUUGGACCAGUGACAAUGGUUCCAAAUUUUUGCAAUCAUCGAAAGGCUCGUUUAGGGCUAGUGCAACCACUGAAGCACCAGAUGUUGGUAAUAUUCCUUACAUGUCUGCUAGAAUUUUCCACUCAAAUGCGACGUACUCUUUCCCGGUUUCGCCUGGCCGUAUAUUCCUCCGGCUUUACUUCUACCCCAACGUUUAUUCUCGAUCGAAUUCGGCGAACGCUGUCUUCUCCGUCACUGCUGGUCCAUAUACGUUGCUUAGAAACUUCAAUGCAUCUCAAACCGCUAAAAAACUUGACGCGCAUUUCGUUAUUAAAGAGUACUCAAUCAAUGUAGAUGGUGGAGUUUUGACAAUAACGUUUAUUCCAUCUCCCAAGUCUUUUGCUUUUGUUAAUGGUAUUGAGGUCGUGUCUAUGCCUAGCAUUUAUGAUAACGACGUGGGAGCAAACAUCGUGGGUACAAGUAGCCCGUUUCAGAUUGAUAACUCUACUGCCCUGGAGAAUUUGUAUAGGCUGAAUGUGGGUGGAAAUCAUAUUCCACCUACUGAAGAUACCGGCCUUUUCAGGUCAUGGUACGAUGACAUACCUUACAAAUUCGGCACAGAAAUAGGGUUCACCGCUAUAGCUGAUCCGAACGUAACCAUCACCUUCCCAAAAUCCAUACAGUCCUACACCGCACCCGUCGACGUCUACGCCACAGCAAGGUUCAUGACACCAGACAGCAUGGUGAACCUCAAAUUCAACUUGACAUGGUUGUUCCCCAUUGAUACUGGGUUUGCUUACUUGAUCAGGAUGCAUUUCUGCCAAAUCUUCUUCAACAUAGACAAAAUCAACCAAAUUGUGUUCAACGUUUACCUCAAUAAUCAAACCGCAUUUCCUGGAUUUGAUGUUGUUGCGUUGACAUCAAGUAAUGGAAUUCCUAAUAUUCAAGACUUUGUGGUGAUUCUGCCCACAAGUGAAGAUCCUCAGCAGGAUUUAUGGGUUGCAUUGCAUCCAGAUACAAGUGAUAAACCUCAGUAUUAUAAUGCAUUUUUGAAUGGGUUAGAGAUUUUUAAGAUUAAUAAUACUGAUGGUACUCUAUCUCCAUCUAUUGUAUCUAAUUAAUUAGUUAUUGUUGCUUGAAUUUGAACCAUUAUCAUGCACGUCAAAUUCUUACUAAUCGCGUGAUCAGAUGGCUUGGUUAUCUUUGUAUUAAAUUAAUUGAGAUUUGAGAUUGACUUUAAGAAAAAGUUAACAUGAUUCAUACUGCCCAUAUAUUAUACUAUUGGUACAA